AUGUCUUCGUCCAGGCUAGUCCAACAUUUCACCCAUGUCCAUCCAUUAACCAAGGUUGACGGAUUUGGCGAGUUCAUAUGUAAUGGCUGCAAAACCUACGGCUUUGGGAAGACCUACCGUUGCGUCUCGUGCAACUACGAUCUUCAUGAUCACUGUGCCACGUGUCCCCCUACCCUCCUCAGCUUUAUGCAUCCACAGCACCCGCUCCGGCUAUUCUUUAGAGGACCAGAGCAGACGCAACGGAACAGACGUCUGUGUGACAUUUGUGACGAAUCAGUCGAGGGGCUCUAUUACCAUUGCGAGCCUUGCGGCUUUGACGUCCACCCACUCUGCACGCGGCUACCUCAGCACGUGAGGCACGUGCCUCACCCGGCCCAUGACUUAGAGCUGAGCAACUGGGGAGCUAGCAACACGUGCCAGGUUUGCCGCGGUACAAUCCGGUCAUGGCGGUACAAGUGCGGUCUAUGCAGGUUAGAUGUUCACAUGGAAUGCGUUACUACAUCUGCAGCAGCAGGGCCGGCAACUCAGCAAAGGGGUUUCAGGUCGCAACCGCAGUUUCACCAUUCUCAGUAUUACCAGCCUUAUAAUUACAAUCACCACGGAUAUACAAAUCAAGGUCAGGGUCAACAGUCGAGUCCGAGUAUGGGAAAAAGAAUGUUUACCAUUCUGAUGACUCUCACGGUUGGAAUUGUCUGCAAUAUGAUUGCUGGGCCGGCUGCCGAAGCCCUAAUGGGCGGCUUUUGA